CCUCCUCACCUCAGCCACUCUCCCGGCUCUGCAAACCCUGCUCUUUCCCCCACCUUUAAAAACCCUUUCUCACUGAGCAUGCUGCUCCACCCCACCCUGUCCUGCUGUAGUUGCAGUACUGCAGCGUCUCUCGGUGUUGUUGUUGCUCCCAUCAGCAUCUCACCCUUCCACUUGAUGAGCCAUCAUGGACUGCGUGUCUGUCUGCGGUGGGAGUGUGGUAGUGCUGUCAGAUGAUCAACACUAAUGCAGGUCCAGCCUCCACUGGGAUUGUCUGGAAUGGAUUUUAGCUCUGGAGGUGGUAACACUGGAUCAAGCUGCUCUUGCUGAUUACUACUCAAGAUGUCUACUCACCAGGAGUUUUUACUCUCCAUAUCACACUGCCUAAUUAUUUGUUUGUUAAUCUGAUCAUUAACACACUGGUGUUCUUAACUUUGGGCACCUUUUUUUCUGUGAUUCCCCCUUUUUAACAAUUAUCUUACAUUUUUGUCAGACCUUUUAGUCCUUUAAAGAGAAGUGGCAUCAUGGAAUUUAUAAUUCACAUGCUGCUACAAAUGAAAGAGCAAUGUUUUUGCCCCUUUUUUAAAAUUUGUGAGCUCCAGUCAAAAAUGUGCAGUGGAAUUGAAAGAAGUUGGAAUGGAGUUGAGCAUCAGCAUUAUGUAGUUACAGGAUGUCCUGAUUUUAUCACCUGACUAUCAGUGAGUUAUUGGAUGUAUGUUCAAGACUGGACAUUUCUGACUUGUGAAAUGUAAAGAAAUCAUUAUCAGAGUUCAGACCACAUAGAAUCUGUACUGGGAAAAGCUAUGAGUGAAGGAGUACGUGGAAGCUCUGGACCCAAGCCCUGUGAAGCAUGUCAACAGGAGGAGAUAUACGAGGAGCCCCAGUCCAUUCUCAAUAGCAAUGAGGCUUUUCCAGACAAUGCAGCCGGUAGAGAAAUCGCCAGCCUGCCUGCCAAAUGUUUCAAUGGGGGCUGCUCUUGGACAGGUUGCAUCAAAGAAUAUGAGGCACAACACGAGGGCAAGUGCGAGUAUGAGCACGUACCAUGUGAAGCCUGCCAGGUUCUCAUCCUGCGUAGUGAAAAAGAGAGGCAUAACGAGAGAGAAUGUGAAGAAAGAACAUUGAACUGCAAGUACUGCAAAGUCUCCUUCAACUUCAAGCAGAUCAAGGCUCAUGAUGAAAUCUGCCAGAAGUUUCCCAUGCAGUGCAAGGACUGUGGAAAGAAAAAGAUCCCACGCGAAAAGUUUCUAGAUCACAGCAGAUCCUGUGCCAAGUCUAAGACUGCAUGUCCAUUCAGUGAGGUUGGCUGCAAGGCUGUGAUUGAUAAUGGAAAGCACAGUGACCACGAGCAGACGAGCGUCAUGGAGCACAUGCGUCUGAUCCUGGCGACGUCUAUGGUGCGGCUGCAGCGUCCGGAGGCCCCGGGGCUGGGGGAGUGGCAGGAGGACUCUGGGAUUGGCCUGUACCGCGCUCCUGAGGAGGGAGCCACAGCUUCUGCAGCCACAGUUGGGGGCGGAACUGCUGCCUCUGGACAGACCAGUGGCCUUGACCAUAAGGUGACAGUGCUGGAGAAUAUAGUGUGUGUACUGAACAGAGAAGUAGAGAGGAGCUCUCUCACUUUAGAGGCCUUCUCUCGACAACAUCGACUAGACCAGGACAAGAUGGAGAACCUCAGCAACAAGGUGCGUCAACUAGAGCGUACUCUCACCAUGCGGGAUCUACAGCUAGCCGAGACAGACCAGACUCUGAGGGAGCUCCAGUUCUGCACCUUUGACGGUGUGUUUGUUUGGAAGAUAGCUGACUUCUCACGCCGCCGGCAGGACGCUGUGGCCGGGCGAACACCCGCCAUGUUCUCACCAGCGUUCUAUUCCAGUAAAUAUGGCUAUAAGAUGUGUCUGAGACUGUAUCUGAAUGGGGAUGGAACAGGUCGAGGGACACACCUUUCUCUUUUCUUUGUGGUGAUGAGGGGCAAGUGUGACGCUCUGCUCAAAUGGCCCUUCAGUCAGAAAGUGACUCUGAUGCUGCUGGAUCAGAAUAACAGGGAGCAUAUUAUUGACGCCUUCCGACCUGAUGUCAGCUCCACCUCUUUCCAGCGGCCAAUCAGUGAGAUGAACAUAGCCAGUGGCUGCCCACUCUUCUGUCCAUUAGCUAAACUGACAGGCAAGAGUUCCUACCUUAGGGAUGAUACCAUUUUCAUCAAGGCCAUUGUAGACCUCACAGGCUUGUAGAGGCUGUGGAAGCCCCCUACACAAAGGCACAAAAUGCAGACUAAUAUAUAUAUAUAUAACUUCUGAAAUUGCAUAAUAUAAGUAAUAUUAUAAUACAUUUCAUAUUUAUUAUUAUAAGUAUAUCAUAGACACUGUUUAUUUUGCUGGCUGAAGGCACUGGAAUGAAAAAUUAAUUCUGCUAGCAGAUCUUUUCAAUUGGUUUAAAAAGAGAAAAAUAGGGUGAUAUGGCCAACCCAAGUGUUGGCUCUGACUACUAGAAGUGCAGUAUUAUGCAGAGGAUGCCGUGACUGUUUUUGAAUGCAAGGCAAUAAGAGCUUGUCAAAAUUGGUCAGCAAAUAGGCUCAUUGCACAUAAAUCACGUUAUGUAUUUCUAUUAUUUUCCAAUAUUUCUUAAUUUGUAGACACUGAUGUGAUCGUGCCAAAAUGACACUGUCAAGUUGUGAAAAACUGCUUUUACUUGAGGUAGCACCUGUUGUACACAUGGACAAGGAUGUGUUCGAGAUCCUGCCCAUUCAUCAUGUGAGCAGGCACAACUUUUUAAAUGGCAAAACCAACCGGUCGGUAAUUUAUAUUAAAGAAAUGUUCCACAAACUCCGCCUAGUGCUUUCUCAAAAAAGCUACAAGCCGGUCCCAAGCCCGGAUAAAGGAGGAUGGGUUAGGUUAUGCGUAAGACUAGCAAGCGCAAUCUGUAAAAAAAAUAUUAAAAAAAUUAAAUAAAAAUAAAUUGUGGGGGGGCAACAGUACAAUUAUACUAGUUGAUCAUAGAUGGCAAGGAGCAACUGGUCUAACUAAGUAGCUUAGAGCAUUCCAAAAACACAAGUACGCUUUCCCAUUUAAACAGUUGUGCACUCGCAUCCAGUAGCAGUGCGUGGGGUAAAAUCACUGGGGAAGCCAAGCCGGGGGGGGCAUAUUACAAACUAUGUGUUGUGAUCAUUGCGUUGUUUGCUCUAUAACCUGUUAGUUCAUAUGCCUUGACACCAUAAUAUAUAGGCCUGAAGGCCGAGACAAUAAGAAGACACCGUAGCAGAAUAAAUUCAACCACAGCUUUGUUUUCAUCACAAAACAGGAGAGUCACCUCUGUCUGGUGAAGUCCACAAAAGAUAUUGCAUGUAACAGUUACAUGGCCUACAGCAUGAUCAAGCAAGUUAAUGUUUCUGUCAUUUUCAGACUACGAAACAACUAUUGAUUUAGAACCACUGAGUUACCGCAAGUCACAAAGAAAACAGGAGCUGCCUCCACUAUUCCAGCACCAUUUCAACAUCAUCUAAUCACCUAUGCUUAGUCUAAUACAGUGACAACUAAAAGAUACCACAAAAAAAAUUGUCCAACCAAUAUAAGCUAAAUAUGAUGUAGCUGUCCAUGGUUCUGAUUUAUGUGCAAGUAGAAAAAGAUGUUGACUCACCCUACACCCUACCCUAGAAAUGCCAAUGCCAUCCUCCACUUUCCUGUUGCCUAAACGAUCUAUGACUCUGUCAUACACUUUAAAAAAUGUUUUUUGUUGUUCAAGGCUACCUGGCUAAAAUACUAGUUCACUACCCUAACUUCCUUUCAUUGGCAAUGAUGCGCCAGGCCAGCUAGUUAACAUUAGCCUAACAUUACUACAUGUAACAUGUUGAACUUCCAUCCUCUCAGGCCAGGUACACAAUGUAUGAAUUUAUGGUUGGAUCAGAUUUCCCAUUAUAAUCAUUGGCCAGUAUGGAUAAUUAAGUAAACCACAAGUCCAAUUCUCUAUCAUUGCUAAUUUAGGAAUGGGACAAUUUUAGCUAGCUAGCCACUGGAGGACAACGACACAAUGGGAUGCAAUUAAUUUCAGUUUUCUGUCAAUGAUGUUUGGCUUCUAAUGUGAUGUGAUUGGUCUGAGGCCAAAUCCAAACUGGCUUACCUUGAGACUUCUUUUUUUUUUUGGUGUGCCAGGACCAUUCACAGCUGAUCUCACUCAGUUUAGCUCAAUUGGCUCAGUUGAUUGGCUAUUUUAUAGAAAAAAUUAUCAAGGGAUGCCAAAUGCUCCUUGGCUUCCCUUGCAUUCAAUGCUAUGGGUGGCAACAAUGUCACUCUUUUUGACCAGACAGCAUAGAUGGGCUACACAUACAGAGACAGAGGGUUGCUAUUUUGUUUGCUUGAAUGCUUUCUCCUGUGAGAUACAUUCAGCCUCUUGUGAAUUGAUAGCCAUUUAUGAAACACAGAAAGAUGAAAGCUAAAUUAAUUUGUUUGUUAUUUUUCAUCCAUGCUGUAUGCGCUGUACUUAAAGCCUAAUAAAUCAUUGAACAAGGUGGGUGCAUAAUACUGUGCAUGUGCACAACAGGCUUUACCUUGAAUUAAAGUAGUUUUCCAUCAAAUUGAAGCAGCAUUAAGUUUGUGUUACCGUUAAUGUCUUCUACUAAGCAUGGCAAAGAAUUAUCAAAAUAGCUGCAAAGCGGACCAAAUUUGACACCUCUUAAUUGACCUUUCAAAGGCACCACAUCCUCUGCAUUAUCCUGAGCUUCAGGCAGACAUGGGCAAUACUUAAUUUGAGCAUUAUAUGCCAUUUUGACUGAAUGGCGCCGGAGGAGAUGGCUGACGAUUUUUACGAGCCCGUAACCAAUUGUGCUAUUGUGUGUUUUCGUGUUAUUUGUAACAUUUUGUACCUCGCUACUAUUUUACUGCUGCUCUUUUAUUUUUUAAAUCUAUUUUUUUACUUAACAAUUUAUUUUUCUCAACUGCAAUGUUAGUAAAGGGCUUUUAAGUAAGCAUUUCACGGUAAGGUCUACCUACACCUGCUGUAUGCAGCGCAUGUGACCAAUAUAAUUAGAUUUUGAUUUGAUCUGCUCGAGGCUCAGAUGAACCGAUCAUCUUAUCUUUCCUCAGUAUACUUUUCAGUCCAGUUCUGUUAGCUAGGUAGAUGAACAGUGCCUAUAUAGCUGUAGUGUACAAGAGUACGCCACAGUAGACAUGUACCCAAUUAAGAUAUAUGAUUAAAUAUACUGUAAUAAAAUACAGUAUAUUAACUAACAAUUAUAUGAACUAUAUGUUAUAGGCUAAGCUGAGAAAGCUCCUGCUCUUUUCAAAUACGAAAUGCAUAUUUUCUCAAAUUUCAAGAUUAGUAUUUAUACUGAGCUAGCGCAUAAAUAAAUGGUAAGUUAGCAGGCUAUUAUGCCAGCAUAAUUGUAUUGAAUAGAACAAUUAAGUGUUUCUGAAUGUCAUACUUGUGACAGGUUAACCUUAUCUAUCUUGUGUAGAGUGGAUGAGAAUUAUUUAAGGACAUCUCCUUCACUUAACAUAUUAUUGUUGGUCAUUAUUCAGCUAUAACUAAUAUACAAAGACAUUUGAUGUGUUAAUGUAGAUUAUGUAUAUUUUUGUCACUGUAAUGGUAAAGAGUCACAUGUAGGUGUUUUUGUUGAAGGGCAGGUUACAGAAAUAUAACAGCACAGUGUGUAAUGUUAAUUAUAUGCAUGUGUUAAAGGAAAGCAAUUCUGAUUUAAUAUAGUUACCUGUUUAAGUUUCAUUGAUUUCUUUGUCUUAUUUAACCAAGGAAGUCGCACUGAUCUUGCAAGAGUCAUUUUGUUUUAUGCUCUCAUGAUUGUGACUGUCAAGACUUGUGUGCUGUAGUUACUUGUUUUUAUUGGAACAUUUUGAGGUGUUUGAUUUGAUUGCAUGUUAAUUCCAACACCUAUCUAGCAUUGAGUAGUCCUGGGAUGAUAUAUUGUAUCUAUAACAAUGAAUUGGAGGGGGGAAGUAUACCUGUUUCUCAAUACAUUAUCUACCAAUGAGAAUGGUGUUAUGAAAAUAAAUACAUUUGAUAAAA